UUGGUUCAUAUUAUCAUAAUUAAGUCCAGUGGGCGGAGGAGCAGAGCAGGGGCGGUCACUCACUGUAAACCAGGCACUCCUUCCUCCACCAUCUCAUCUCUAGCCCCUUCCAGCUCAGAUCAGAUCAGACCUGAACCUCUGCAGGAAGCCUCAUACUUUUGGCUCCAAGUUGCCUAUUUCUGUCUAACCUGGCAUCCUCAGAGACUCUCUUUGUAGUUCCACAUUCAGGACGGGCUCUAAAUUCCUCUGUGUUUAAGCUGUUUCUGCUGAGGCCAUGUUUUCCAAGGCCACUGCCAAAUUCGUCCGUCAGGUUGACCCAGAGGGAAGCCUCAUCCACGUUUCCCGAGUAAAUGACUCCCACAAACUGCUCCCCAUGGCAAUCGUCGUCAAGCGCAACCGCGUCUUGAUGUGGCAGAGGCCCAAGUACCAGCCGACAGAUUUCAGCCUGGGCGAUCUGCUGCAGGGUAACCAGGUGCUCAGACCUGUGACUGAGACAGAAUUCCUAACCUACAAGGGGACGUUCAAGGGCGAGCACUCUGGGAAGUUGGACACCGAGGCCGGCCCCGCAAACCUCUCUUUGGAGAGUCUUGGUUUUUCCAGGCUGGAGUUUUGUUUUGGAAAGCUGAAAAAAGAGGAGCUGGAUGUGAAAAAGCUGUUGGAGGACUCAAAGAGCAGAUUAGUGGAUAUGCAACAUGUUCUAGUGCAGCAAUUUCAGAAGCACACUGAAGUUCUGACCGUGGUGAAAGAGCGGAUCGUCACCACCAACCCGUGCUCCAUCAACCUGACGAAAAAGCAGCAGUAUACCUUUAAAGGUGUGCUGAAGCUGUUCAGCUUGCUGGGAAGAUCCCUGAAGGUUAGUGGAAAGGACAUUGACCUCUUUGAAGUGGACAAAGACGUUUCCUUGGAGAUCCCCCCUGGCACCGUGAUUGCAUACAGCACAAUGGAGCUGGAGAUUGAAAAGAACGGACACUAUGAUAUACGCCUCCAACCCGGCACCACUGGAGGCUUCAAGAGCGACUCAAUACCGUUUCAUGAUUGCUUUGACUCAGUGGAUGGCCAGGACUUGCGCCAUGGAGGGCCAGAGACGGACCUUUCUCGUCUGGCAGAACUCCCCCAGUCUACUCGACGCGGCUUAGUAGAGAAGCUCCAAGAGGUUCUGAGGGACAGGGCCGCUCUAUGCUUCAUGCAGAACAUGCUGGAGAAAUUGUGCGAUGUGCAAACCCCCAUCAUCAAUGAGAAGGAGACAAAUUCCCUUCCCAUCGUGGAUCUGAUGGAAUCAUGCUGCCUCUCUGAAGACGGCCCGACUUGCCCCUCUUUACACCUGGACCUAUUUUACGGCCUGGUCAGUGCCAUGGAGGAGCUGCCUGACGAGACGCUGAACAUUUUGAGCAGCUGCCGACCUGAUUUUCUGAAAGGCUUUGAUGCCCUGAUCCGCGGGUUAAAGGACAGCAGAGGGAAGCUGUCUGUUCAGUACAUUCCUGCCAAUCUGCAGGACAACCAGGUCUUCCAGCAGGCGGAGCAGCUGCUCAGGUCGGUCGGUGUGAUGCUGCAGAGAGACUCUGAGGUUCUCCACAUGGAAGCAGACCCCUUUAAAGAGGUUCCCCUGCUUCUCCUUGGUGUCAGUGUGCAUGGACUGGCCUUACUCUGUACUGACCUAUGUUAGAUGCUCACCUAUUUAUUUUCUUCAUUGAGAUUUAUAGUAUUACCUUUUCCGUCUAGACUUUUAUACCGUCUUAGCUUCAUUUAUUUCAUGGCUUGACUUUUGCACAAUGUUUAUUAUUUAUUUAACAUACAUGUUUUAUCACACAUAUAAACUGUUUAUAUUGUAUGAAACAUUUAAAGUUUGUGAAUUUUGAUUGGAUAUUUGAGGUGUUGGCAGUUAUUUGCUAUCAGUUACUAUUAUAUACUGUAACAGUCUAGUUAUUUCUGUUUUAACUGUUACCGUAGCUUUUACCCUCAGUUAUCAUUAUGAUAUUGACAAGCUUUCUUCUCAGUUAAUAUUCAUCAAAUAGCUAAAAGCUGAUAGUUUGUCAAGCUUGAGGAUUUCUUUUUGUUUUCACAGCAGUUGUUUUCUCUCUCUCAACUCAAAAAGAAUUUGAGAAAAACAUCCUUUUGCUGUUUAGGACAAAAGAAUAAAGAACACACUGAAGGUAUUUUUAUGUUUAAUCCUGCCUUAAAAGAUCCCAUUUUGUAUCUGUUCCCCUUCUCUUUGUAACUGGAUUAAUUUAUUUCUACAUUAUUUAGCAGGGCUAUAUGUAUUUAUCAUUUCCUAAAGGACUGGCAUUGGACCUUAAGCUUCUGUGUCAAAGUCUAGUUGUUUCCUUCACCAUAAGCUCACAGUCAGAGCAUAAAUUCUUGUUUGAUUAAUUAUAAGCUGCUUGAACACUUUUUAAAACGUUCCUUUUAAUUACAACAUAACCAGUUUUGAUUUUAUUUUAUGGAAAUGCGAAAUAUAUUUGUCUGAUUUUGAAAGUGU